UGAUAGGUCGUUGAGCUGCACCAGCCCUCACUUGCGCAUGGAUUGGCCUACUGCUCCGUUUUUCUCCACUUUCUCAUUGGCUUUUGGCACUGAUAGUUCCCUGCCAUCAUCUGCGCGUGCAGUUUUCAAUGAAUAUUGUAUGUUGGCUCUCAGCUCUGGGUGCUCAUCCUUUGAAUCAGCGCGUCGGUCGAGCCGCAGGAGGAAAGGCAUCCUGGAUGAGCACAGAACCUGAUGAUGGAAUUUCUCCCGGAGACCGCAGCAGCUGCUCGACCACCACUGUCUCCCCCCCUCCUCCGAGAAUAGAUAAGAGAGAGAGAAAGAAAGAAAGAAAGAGCAGGACGGAUUGUCACGGCGAGGAAAAUGUUCUGCGCGAAGCUGAAGGAGCUGAAGAUAUCAGGAGAGUGUCCGUUCUCCAGUGGCUCCCCAAAUAAUCAGCUCGGAGACUUUGAGGAGCGCUCCACUGACGCCGCGGAAUUAUUGCCCAUUUCUAAGGACGUUCAUGGGAAAACAGGCGAGGAUAUACCUCACCAGAAAACCUGCAGAGCCAAAGUUAACCUGCACACACUCGGGGAGAGCAUUCGGAAAUUGGCAUGUCCAGAGUUUCAGAGGCUGCAUACUGCCCUGCAACGAAUGAUGAGACUGUCAGAUCACAGCAGAGACUCUGAAAGUCCCUUCAUUUGCUGUGCAGACUGUCAGAGUUGCAGCGAUGACCCCGAGCAUUUGGUGGAAAUGAUGAACAUUUACUCAACCAAAACAGAAAUCCAGAUGGAAGCUGUGAAAAUGGCUCUCGGCGAGGAGCUCUUCAACAUGUGCUACGAGGAGGACAGACACAUUUUGAGGGUGGUGGGGGGCGCUCUUCACGACUUCCUUAACAGCUUCAACGUCUUGUUAAAACAGAGCAGCACACCGCCCAGCCCGGACAGAGGGGAUUGUGUAAACCAACCUUCAGUCUUGUGCUUAGACAAAGAUCUGGGUCUGCUUACUGUCUAUUUCUUCAACCCCCGCCCGACCACUGAGCUCUUCUUUCCUGGAGUCAUCAAAGCUGCUGCCCGCCUGCUGUAUCACACCACUGUGGAUGUGUUGAUGGACCCCCCCGCUGCUAAAGACAGCAUCCUGCAGUCCAGCCCGCAGCCCAGUCUUCUGUACACAGUCGUAGUUAAGGAUGCGAAACACCUGAGCCCAAGUCCCCUGCGGGCGACCUCAGCGGGGACCCUUCCUACCUCUCUGUUUUCCACCAUCUUCCCUUUCCAUCUGAUCCUGGACCCAGACCUGGUUUUGGUGCAAAUAGGACACGGUCUCAGGAAGAGACUCAGCAGGAAGGAGGGACUGAGGCGGUCUGCUACCUUUCAGGAACACUUCUCGAUUGUCUCGCCCCAGAUCAAGUGUACCUUUCAGGGCAUUCUGACCAUGCUGAACACGCAGUUUCUCAUUCGGAUCAAGCAUGGAUACUCCUCCACAGAUAACACAGGGAAGCUCAUGGACCUAAAAGGUCAGAUGAUCUACGUGUCAGAGUCCAACGUCAUCUUGUUCCUCGGCUCCCCGUGUGUGGACAAGCUGGAGGAGCUGACCGGCCGCGGCCUCUAUCUGUCAGACAUCCCCAUUCAUAACGCAUUGCGGGACGUGGUGCUGGUCGGUGAACAGGCCAAAGCCCAGGACGGUUUGAAGAAGCGUCUGGGGAAGGCCAAGGCCGCGUUGGAGCACGCUCACCAAGCACUGGAAGAGGAGAAGAAGAAGACCGUGGACCUCCUCUUCUCCAUCUUCCCCGGCACUGUGGCACAGCAGCUGUGGCAGGGCCAAACAGUGCAGGCCAAGAAGUUUGAGCGGGUCACGAUGCUCUUCUCUGACAUUGUGGGCUUCACAGCUGUUUGCUCGCACUGCACCCCGAUGCAAGUGAUCACCAUGCUCAAUGAGCUGUACACCCACUUUGACCACCACUGUGGAGAGCUUGAUGUUUACAAGGUGGAGACCAUUGGUGAUGCAUAUUGUGUUGCUGGUGGUUUACACAAGGAGAGCGAGAUGCAUGCCGUCCAGAUCGCUCUCAUGGCCUUAAAGAUGAUGGAGCUUUCAGAUCACGUUAUGACACCAACAGGAGAACGAAUACAGAUGCGUAUAGGCCUCCACACUGGCUCAGUACUAGCCGGUGUUGUUGGAGUGAAGAUGCCACGAUACUGCCUUUUCGGGAACAAUGUCACACUGGCCAACAAGUUUGAAUCCGGCAGCCAACCAAGAAAAAUCAACAUCAGCCCGACAACUCACAGACUGCUGAAGGAUCGCCCAGAGUUUGUCUUCGUUCCCAGGAGCAGACAAGAGCUUCCGGCCAACUUCCCCGAGGACAUCCCUGGUGUUUGUUACUUUUUAGAGGCGUCCUUCAAAGCUUCAGAGCUGACUCUGAAAUAAAGUCAAGCUGUUACAGAACCACACAAAAUGUAUCCAGUGAACACAGUGGCCAACACCUCGUGUACUUUGGUUAAGGUUGUUUUAGAUUUUGAUGAUAUUGUCUUUCAGUGAAACUAGUGCAGCUUCUUGAGAACACAGAUGUCAGCUUUCUGUCAAACGUGAGUCUUGUCUCUGUACAAUUAUCCAUUUGUUCAGAUGUAGCACAGAUUUUAAAAAAAACUUCCUUUAUUUUGCUUCCAGAAUGAGUCGUAUCUGAAAACUCAUACAUUACAGGAAGUGUCUGUCAAAACUCCUAUAUACUGUUAAUGGAAGAUUUUGAGACUGUUUUAUUCAUUUUCACAGCUAUGAGCUUCAAAGUAUGUAAAGAAACAGUAAACAUUGCUCAUUUUAUUCUGUAGCGUCUGUAAAGAAAUUUAAAUAUUGUCAUCAUGCAUAAUGUAGAUAUGAUGCAGAGAAUCAUUUUGGAUGUUUAUCCUCAAUGUGAUGUUGCCAAAUGGAGUGUUUAUUUAACAAAAGAUAGUUUUCUGUAAAUAUUUGACUGGUUAUUUACAUGUCUGGACUAGGUUCCUACUAAAGCGGUGGUUCUCAACUGGUCUGGCCUCAGAACCCACCACAACUCCUUCAUGAAAUUCUCCACCCAAAUUUCUGAUAUUUUUCAACCAGUUAUUUGAUGAAAAAUUGUUUGGAACUCAAAUGGUACAAAGAAUUUUGGCUGACAGAACAAAAUGAACAUGUUUAAAAGAACUUCAAUUACUUUUUGAUAAAAAAUAAAAAAAACUCCAGGCACACAUUUGCAACCCACUGAAAACUGCCCCGCGACCCACUCUUGGGUCCCGACCCACCAGUUGAGAAGCAC